AUGACUCAGACUACCGUCUCCUAUACCGCCAAGCGCACCCUGUCGGCCUUCCAGACCUCCAAGUGUUUGAGUGUCGACAACAUCAAUCCCUCCGUCCGGGAAGCCAAGUACGCCGUGCGGGGUGAGCUCGCUGUCAAGGCUGAGGAAUACCGCCAGCGCCUGAACGACGGUGACAAGUCGCUGCCCUUCGAAAGUGUGAUUUUCGCCAACAUCGGUAACCCUCAGCAACUCGACCAGAAGCCUAUCACUUUCUUCCGCCAGGUGCUAAGUCUCGUCGAGAACCCAUUGUUGUUGGAGAACCCCGAGGUCCUCAAGACCUCGUUCGGAUACAAGCAGGAUGUUAUUGAGCGCGCCCAGACCCUGCUCGCCAAUGUGCAGAGCGUCGGUGCUUACAGUCACAGUCAGGGUGCUCCCGGUAUCCGGAACAGCGUUGCCAAGUUCAUUGAGAACCGUGACGGCUUCCCUGCCAACCCCCAGGACCUGUUCCUGACUGCCGGUGCCUCUUCCGGUGUCAGCACUCUCCUGAGCGUCAUCUGCAACAAUGAAAGUGCCGGUGUCUUGGUCCCUAUCCCUCAAUACCCUCUCUACACCGCAACCCUCUCCCUGCUGAACGCGCGCUGCGUGCCUUAUCUCCUCGAGGAGGAGAAGGCCUGGGGCACCGACGUCACCGCGAUCCUCAAGUCCAUCGAGGAGGCCAAGGCCGCCGCAAUUAACGUGCGCGCUGUCGUGGUCAUCAAUCCCGGCAACCCAACCGGAGCCUCCCUGAGCGCGGACGACAUCAAGAAAGUCCUUGACGUCGCCGCCGAGGAGAGCCUGGUCGUGAUCGCCGACGAGGUCUACCAGACCAACGUCUUCAAGGGUGAAUUCGUCUCCUUCAAGAAGCGCCUGCGCCAGCUGCAGAAGGAGGAGCCCGGCAAAUACGACGACGUCGAGCUGGUCUCGCUGCACAGUAUCUCCAAGGGUAUGGUCGGCGAGUGUGGCCACCGUGGUGGUUACUUCGAGCUCGUCGGCUUCGACCCUCUGGUCCAGGAGCAGAUCUACAAGCUCGUCAGCAUUGGCCUGUGCCCGCCGGUCGUCGCACAGUGCCUGCUCGAGUGCAUGGUCAACCCUCCCGUCCAGGGCGAGCCCAGCUACGAGCUCUACCAGAAGGAGUACUCUGGUAUCGCGGAGGGUCUGCACAAGCGCGCUCUCUCCUUGUACAACGCCUUCCAGCGCAUGGAAGGUGUUGAGGUCCAGGAGCCCCAGGGUGCCAUGUACCUCUUCCCCAAUAUCAACCUCCCCGCCAAGGCCAUCGAAGCCGCCAAGGCCGAGAACCGCGCCGCAGACGAAUUUUACUGCCUGGCCCUCCUCGACGCCACAGGUGUCUGCGUCGUCCCUGGCUCUGGAUUCGGUCAGAAGGAGAACACCCUUCACUUCCGCACGACCUUCCUUGCCCCCGGCACCGACUGGGUCGAGCGCAUUGUUCAGUUCCACUCCGAGUUCAUGAACAAGUACCGCUGA